GGUCAGAAUUUCCUUCCUUCCACUGAGAGUAGUCUAUUCAUCCAGAGCACCAGGACUCACCAUGGCAGCUAAUGAUUACCGAGGCUACCUGAGGAACCACUCCGACACGGAGGGCGCUCAGACACGCUACCACCCGUCCCAUGGCUCAGAACCCACCUAUAGACCGCUUAUAUUCGGAACUCUUGCUAUUAUGGGAUUGCUGCAGAUUGCAUCGAGUGUGGCGAUCUUGUUACAUUUGACAGGUUAUCUCCAAGAGGUAAGACACUUUUCAAGAUGCACAACGGUUGAUAAUAGAGCUAGGCCUAUGCGACACACAUGCGAGUUGCGACACUUAGUGCGCGUCAACAUUUUAAUGUGAAGCUGCAGGUUGCCUGAUUUCAGUUCGAUUUUAAAGAAGCAACCUGACAAUAGGCUAAACAAUAUGAAUCUGCAACAUUGUCGUUUAUUAAAAAGUUGUCAGUUUCGCAUUGCUUUCCUGGAAUAGGCUACCAAGACAUAUUGCAGUUUGAAGCGCACAGGUUUCAACCUCGCAGGUUUGCGGAUACAGUUCCGGCUCGCCACUUCUAGACAAACUUGUGGCUGAUGAGCGUGAGCACGUUCCCUUAGAACAAUCUGUGCUCUCCGCAGCAAGUGACAGUAGUUCUAUGAACUUGUCCCCAACAGUAAAACAAGAUGUCAGCGCUCUGUGUCUAACAUAGAGAGGCUACCAUCUCUCUCUACUGAUGAGAUUUUCCUGCCCAGAUUAUAGGGAGUUAACAGUUAUUUCAACAAGACAGUAUUUUCCAUUUGUUACAGACCUUAUCAAACCAAUCUCCCGUUUUCUCAACAAUACAACUCAACAGCGAAUGUCAGGCAAAUGGGGAUAGUGGACAUACUGUAAAGAUUUCAUUCAAGCAAUCUUGUUUGUAAAAUACAGCUGUCUUUACUAAUUGCAGGCACUUUUGAGGUGUUUACUCUGUGUUAUUUACAGGUUUCUGUCGAAAAUGUAUCAGUUGAAUACUGAGAAUAAACAGAUGUUUCAUAAAGUGUAUUAUGUUGUUUGUGGGAGGUGGGCUGCAACAGAUUAUAGCCAAGAGGUUUCAGAAACCCACCAAGAAUCUCUCCUAAAGAUUUUUAACUGUUCUGAAAUUCAAAACCAAAUUCAAAAAUGCUUUAUAGGCAAAAUAAAAUUGCAAAUUCGUAUUGCCAAAGCAACAAUAUACAAAAUGAACAUUUAGCAGUUCUCUCAUCUCCAGGUCAUCUCCAGUCAAGCCAUUGAGCCCUCAGCAUACAGAGAGACAGAAUAACUUUUCAGUGAUAUUUAUGUGCUUCAGUGCAAGUCAGGUGGCUAACCUGUCAGCUACCCCUAUCACCCUGCACAAUCAGUCUAGUAUAAGACCGCAUUAACAUUCUUUCUGGGUUGUUUUUAUUUCUUUAUGGUGGUUUUAAGAGUUUAAUGAUUUCAUGUUUCAGCCAAACAACGAGAAAACAUUUCAGUUCCAUCAUGAUGCUCCAUCAGUCUUCACACGUAGGCCUAAUGAAGUCCAGCAUGUGGUGUGUGUGUUUGGAGAGAGAGAGAGCAUGCUGCAGAAUAAUGUAAAUGUUUGUUUGACCCGUCUUUUGGCAUAAACACAGUGGUGUGGUGUGUGCCGAUAGCUUGUUAACUCCUGGAGACGAGCCAGAGUAGGAAAUGAGAGAGUAUCUUAGAGUUGUAUUUGGCACGAGGACCAGAUUGUGUUAGGAAUUGGAUGCAGAGAGAAAAACUCUGCUGUGAGCCACCAAACCUCCUAUUAAAGUCUCCCAUUCAGACUGUCCUGUCCUGGUCCUGCAGUGAGAAACCAUCUGAUUGGGCUGAAUUAGCUUUCCACUCAGCGAAGAGAAAAAAGAGACACUGAGCCGUUCUCUGAAUAAACGGUCCUCACGACGACAGCCCCAUAGGGUAGCACUUUAAGGUGACUCAUGAUAUAGGAGGGCCCAGAUAUUGGUACUACACCAGUCUCCCUGUCUGAACACCUGUAGGAGUUACUGUAUCUGAUGGGGGAGCAGGAAGAAUGUGCUGUUGUAGGCUGUUUCUAAACUCAUCAGACUCUGAGGGUCUGAGAGACCAGGAUGUACAGGACAUCUGGUUCUAGAUAGGGGUAUAGGGAUGGGAAUCAGUAUGGGUAUUAUAGGUAAUGGUUGAAGAGGUCUGGUGCUGACCAGUACAGAGAAAUGGCACCUCUAACCUAGGGAUACAGUGCCUGCAUAGCAAAUGAGUAGACUAGAUGUCCAUGCUAGAAAGGACAAUAAUGGCAGUGAUGGAAGUUGUGGAAAGUUUAGUUCUUACUAUAUGUCCUCUUUAACUAUUUGAUCAAUUCAUGUAAUUAAUGGUUGGCCAGAGAGUCAAUUGGCAUGGUCGUCCAGGUUUCAGUCAAUGAAUUGUGACACCCUUGAGGCUACCUGUCAACAAUCUGUGUCUGUUUUACUCUGAUAGAUUAGGGGGAUUGUUAGGUAAUAUUUGUCUUCCUAACACCAGUGUUUGUUUCUGUUUCCAGGUAGACCUCUCCUCCGCCCCACAGCAGCCUAUAGAGGUGAGUCGACCCCUGUCUGAUCAUAAUAACUAGCCCUCUCAUUGGUCCAAAGAUGGUUUUUACUGUAAUGUUGUUCUGUACAGUGCCUUGCAAAAGUAUUCAUCCCCCCUGGCAUUUUUCCUAUUUUGUUGCAUUACAACCUGUAAUUUAAAUUGAGUUUUAUUUGGAUUUCAUGUAACGGACAUACACAAAAUAGUCCAAAUUGGUGAAGUGAAAUGAAAAAAAAAACCUGUUUCAAAAAUUUCAAAAAAAUAUAUAACGGGAAAGUGGUGCGUGAAUAUGUAUUCACCCCCUUUGAUAUGAAGCCCCUAAAUAAGAUCUGGUGCAACCUAUUACCUUCAGAAGUCACAUAAUUAGUUAAAUAAAGUCCACCUGUGUGCAAUCUAAGUGUCACAUGAUCUCAGUAUAUAUAUACCUGUUCUGAAAGGCCCCAGAGUCUGCAACACCACUAAGCAAGGGGCACCACCAAGCAAGUGGCACCAUGAAGACCAAGGAGCUCUCCAAACAGGUCAGGUACAAAGUUGUGGAGAAGUACAGAUCAGGGUUGGGUUAUAAAAAAAUAUCAGAAACUUUGAACAUCCCACGGAGCACCAUUAAAUCCAUUAUUAAAAAAUUUAAAGAAUAUGGCACCACAACAAACCUGCCAAGAGAGGGCCGCCCACCAAAACUCACAGAACAGGCAAGGAGGGCAUUAAUCAGAGAGGCAACAAAGAAACCAAAGAUAACCCUGAAGGAGCUGCAAAGCUCCACAGCGGAGAUUAGAGUAUCUGUCCAUAGGACCACUUUAAGCCGUACACUCCACAGAACUGGGCUUUACGGAAGAGUGGGCAGAAAAAAGCCAUUGCUUAAAGAAAAAAUAAGCAAACACAUUUGGUGUUCGCCAAAGGGCAUGUGGGAGACUCCCCAAACAUAUGGAAGAAGGGACUCUGGUCAGAUGAGACUAAAAUUGAGCUUUUUGUCCAUCAAGAAAAACGCUAUGUCUGGCGCAAACCCAACACCUCUCAUCACCCUGAGAACACUAUCCCCACAGUGAAGCAUGGUGGUGGCAGCAUCAUGCUGUGGAGAUGUUUUUCAUCGGCAGGGACUGGGAAACUGGUCAGAAUUUAAGGAAUGAUGGAUGGCGCUAAAUACAGGGAAAUUCUUGAGGGAAACCUGUUUCAGUCUUCCAGAGAUUUGAGACUGGGACGGAGGUUCACCUUCCAGCAGGACAAUGGCCCUAAGCGUACUGCUAAAGUAACACUUGAGUGGUUUAAGGGGAAACAUUUAAAUGUCUUGGAAUGGCCUAGUCAAAGCCCAGACCUCAAUCCAAUUGAGAAUCUGUGGUAUGACUUAAAGAUUGUUGUACACCAGUGGAACCCAUCCAACUUAAAGGAGCUGUAGCAGUUUUGCAUUGAAGAAUGGGCAAACAUCCCAGUGUCUAGAUGUGCCAAGCUUAUAGAGACAUACCCCAAGUGACUUGCAGCUGUAAUUGCUGCAAAAGGUGGCUCCACAAAGUAUUGACUUUGGGGGGGUGAAUAGUUUUCCGUUUUUUUGUCUUAUUUCUUGUUUGUUUCACAAUAAAAAAUAUUUUGCAUCUUCAAAGUGGUAGGCAUGUUGUGUAAAUCAAAUGAUACAAACCCCCCAAAAAUCAAUUUUAAUUCCAGGUUGUCAGGCAACAAAAUAGGAAAAAUGCCAAGGGGGGUGAAUUCUUUCGCAAGCCACUGUACAUCCUGGUAAGCUACAACGAAUAAGCCUAUGUUUGUCAUUAAAGCUCAGAGGAGAUCGUCGGGUGACACUUUAUUUUACAAUCUUAUAUCAGUUGGUAUUUAUCUGGUAAUGUAAUUAAAAAGGUAAUUGCUGUUUUGGAGGAAAUACCAGAUAAAUAAGUUAAUUACUGUGAAAGAGGACUUUCACAGUUUAUAGAUCAUGUUUAUCAGAUUACAGUAUCUACAGCAGGGUUCCCCAACCUGCAGAUUAUUUUAUUUAUUUGCGCCCCCCCCCCCCCCCCAAGUUAUAUAUAAACUAAUAUAAAAAAGUAUGUGGACACCCCUUCAAAUUAGUGGAUUCGGCUAUUUCAGCCACACCCGUUGCUGACAGGUGUACAAAAUCGACCACACAGCCAUGCAAUCUCCAUAGACAAACAUUGGCAGUAGAAUGGCCUUACUGAAGAGCUCAGUGACUUUCAACGUGGCACCGUCAUAGGAUGCCACCUUUCCAACAAGUCAGUUCGUCACAUUUCUGCCCCGCUAGAGCUGCCCGGUCAACUGGAAGUGCUGUUAUUGUGAAGUGGAAACGUCUAGGAGCAACAAUGGCUCUGCCGCAAAGUGGUAGGCCACACAAGCUUACAUAAUUGGAUCUCUGAAGCGCUUAGCGCGUAAAAAUCGUCUGUCCACAAGCCUAAAAUCACCAUUCGCAAUGCCAAGCGUUGGCUCGAGUGGUGUAAAGCUUGCCGCCAUUGGACUCUGGAACAGUGGAAACACGUUCUCUGGAGUGAUGAAUCAUGCUUCACCAUCUGGCAGUCCGACGGACGAAUCUGGGUUUGGCGAAUGCCAGGAGAACGCUACCUGCCCCAAUGCAUAGUACCCAACUGUAAAGUUUGGUGGAGGAGGAAUAAUGGUCUGGGGCUGUUUUUCCUGGUUCGGGCUAGGCCCCUUAGUUCCAGUGAAGAUAAAUCUUAACGCUACAGCAUACAAUGACAUUCUAUAUGAUUCUGUGCUUCAAACUUUGUGGCAACAGUUUGGGGAAGGCCCUUUCCUGUUUCAGCAUGACAAUUCCCCCAUGCACAAAGCGAGGUCCAUACAGAAAAUGGUUUGUCGAGAUCGGUGUGGAAGAACUUGACUGGCCUGCACAGAAUCCUGACCUCAACCCCAUCGAACACCUUUGGGAUGAAUUGGAACGCCGAAUGCAAGCCAGGCCAACAUCAGUACCCGACCUCACUAAAGCUCUUGUGGCUGAAUGGAAGCAAGUUCCCUCAUCAAAGUUCCAACAUCUAGUAAAAAGCCUUCCCUGAGUGGAGGCUGUUAUAGCAGCAAAUGGGGGACCAACUCCAUAUUAAUGCCCAUGAUUCUGGAAUGAGAUGUUCGACGAGCAGAUGUCCACAUACUUUUGGCCAUGUAGUGUAUAUCAUUUUUUGGGUGGACAUAAAAUACUGUAAAAACACCAGCCAAUCAGCUCCAAGGGAUUUUAAUAUUGGAAAUCUGUUCCAAAGUAUUCCCACACAUAAUAGAGAGAUAUACGGUAUGUGAUUGUAUACAAAUGUAAGCAAGGUUUGAAACGAUUAUGUUUUAUUCAAAUAUUAUAUCUGUUUGGGGUUCUUGCGGUCAAUUUGCAGUCUACAAAUUAUUUGUAAUUUUGUUCCGGGCCCCUGACCAUCCACUCAAGAAAAAAAUCUAGUUGAUGAUCCCUGAUCUACAGGAUAUCAAAUCCAAAGCUCUGUUUCCUUUUUGGCUUCAUUCAUUGAUUCUCUGACACGAAACAGCCUUGUCCUGUGUGUGAGUUAGCCUAUGGCAGUCCUGUUUGGUCAAACCAGAAUAUCAAUAAUAGCUGGGGGAAACUAUUGGGUAACCACCUUGGUGUGUAUGUUCAGCCAUUGGAUUUCACCAAGGGAACAAAAGUGUUACAACACAUUACACCUCGUAGGUUGAGCAAAGGCAUUCCGACAAUGUUUUGAUGCAAGGCAUUUCCUCCUUCUUUAAGUUGCAACCAGGAAGGAGCAGUAUUAUCAGCAUGGGGUGGUGUACAGUUCAGUAUUUAAAACUUUAAAAGCAUAGCUACACUUUUAUGUUAAAACAAUUACAAGGUUACCCAUUCUCAAAUUUGUGCUUAGUCGUGCUGUUCCCAUGCUUUUGUUUUUAAAGUGAGGAGCAGAAAGCUUGUUGUGCAUACCCCAGCAGCUUUACACCCUAACCCAAACCCAGCUUCAAACCCUAACCCCAGUGUGGUCAGGAGCCUGUAGAGAGGUCAAGCCAGUCAUCACCCUAAUAAAGUGAGGAUUGGGGGGUAGGUCUAGAGUCAGGUUGGCCUGUAGUUUACUGUACUGUAGUGGAGCACCAAUCAGACGAUAUCAUGGUUUGGGAGAGGCCGUUGCAAAGUGUCCUGAGGGGGGUGGUAUCUGUCUGUUUGUGGCUCUUGAGUAAACCUUUGCUCAUCAGUAACAGUGGCGUAGAGCGGUGGUCGUGGCGGAAUGCACCAUUGUUGAGGUCUGGCAGGGGUUUUUCUGUGAUUCCUUCUUGGAAUGUUCUGCCAUCUCUCUGGCAUAGGUUUCCACCAGCAACAGCAGAAUCUUUCCAGGAAGUAAAACACAGAAAGAAAGGGAGCGGCUCUGCUUUGCUUAGCUGUGUUUAGUUUCCCAUAAUUCUAUAAUUUCAAAAGAAAGUAUGUAUUUUGUAUUUGCCCUCGUUGCCCCAAAAGAGUGCUUAGACAAACCACCCACUCUGCUCUGCUCUGCCUUGGACUGAGGUUGCCUUUGUGUCGUCAGACUGACAUCUCGGACAGGGAUGGUUCCCAUGCUGUAGUCUCAACCCUGCACCAGACUCCAGGCUGCAGAGUGAACCCUGCUCUAAUCUUUAUGAGGUGUGAGGCUGACAGGUCUGUUUGGCUCCCAGUGUGUUAUCAUAGAGUGAGUGUGUGUGUGUGUGUGUGUGUGUGUGUGUGUGUGUGUGUGUGUGUGUGUAUGCGCGCGCGUGUUAUGAUUGUCUUCCCUGGGACCAGUGUUACUUUGCUGAUAAUUGAGUGGGUUUGUUAAAGACCAGGCAUUACUAAGAGCUGUCAUGUCUCAUGUUUGCCUUUAUUAAGUGCUCUUGAGACAGGAUCCAGCCAGGCUGGGCCUACAGUGGGACCUGUGGUCAGCCUGAUGGCGGGAGGGUCAGAGAGCACAGGAUCCUCAGAACUCAAUGGUUUGGAAUGGAUGACUCAUGGCUGUAGUCUAUUGUACAGUGUUGCACACUAUUGUGUAGUCCUGGGCUGUAGUCUUCUAUUGCACAGUGGACUGAACUGUGUGAAAGGUGAUACAAUAGAGUAUAACAGUAUAGUACAACACAGGAUUGGAUAACUAUAGUCCUGUAUGGCCACACACAGCGUGUACUGGUUUUGACCCUUCCCCUCUAAUCAGGGACUGAUUCAGACCUGGGACACCAGGUGAAGGGACUCUUUGGCCAAUAAAUGACAUUAAUGAAUCAGAUAACCAGCCGUAGGCCUACUGUGGACCUCCAGGUCUGGGUCUGAAUCCACUACAGUAGUAAGUUAUAGUAGACCAGUAACCAUCCCAGCUCUGUAUCUCUCCAGCUAACGUCAUCCUCUCUUCCUGGGAGUGUCUCACCACAAAUCAAGGCCAAAUGCCACAGUGUUGGGCCAGGGGGGAGUUAGAUCGUUAUUUCUCCGUAGCGUUGGCCAGACUUGUUUACCCUGUCUAAUUCUAAACCACUUUUCUAUAAACAUGUUUACACGCAAAUAGUUUUUGGAAGAGAGACAGUACUAAUCUUGGACUCAACAUCUACAGGUCUGUCUGCUCCUGUUUUGUGAGUAAAUAUUAGUGUCAUGCAGGUGCAAUAAUGGUGCUGCAAACCACAGUGUUGAUCAUUCCAGGGCAAUAGUCUGUUUUAUAUUUAAUGUUCCGUGACAUCUCUAUUCAGAGGUGUUGUGUGUGGUUUUCAGGUAAUUUAAGAACAAUCUUCCAUUUCAACAGCGUUCACGUCAACACUUUUGUUUUCGGUAUUUCAUUUGAUUAAUUGGCUGGAGGUGGAGGGGAGAUGACAUUUCAGGCAUACCAGGGCUGAUCAAAAUGUAGGAAAUUACACUGAAAUUAUAAAACAAGUUGAAACAUCUACAGGAUGUCUCUGUUCUGGAAGUAAGUGUCUCUAGCAGACGGUAGGUCUUCACACGGAACCCGUUCAGUCAGGCAGGCUGGGUAACUGUCUGAUUGUUUACCUGCAUAGAGACUGUGUUUUGUUCUAUGUGCUGCGUCUUGUCUCCAGUCUGUGUACUAUAGCUCAGACUGGGGAUACGUAUGUCAUCGCACCACUCCAGGUGUGAAUCUAAUCAGUUAGAAGUGGUGCCAGAACUGUGAUAGGAACAUCCAUCUGAAAGGUGACAUUAACCAGCAGCCCUAGGGUUACAGAACCACACCACAAUUACUGGUGCUGCUCACAACUCAGAGGUUCACUUGGCAGAACUAUGGGAGAAGUGUGUGGGAAACACAUGCAGCACACACACACACUAUAAUUAAAAUAGACAAUGAAAUAAGCAUUGGUUGAAACAUGUGGCAACUGCUUAGAAAGUAUUAUGAUUGGGUUAAUGAUAAAUCACUUCUAGAUAGUGGUUUGCGGCUGGGCGGUCACUCACUCUCUCUGACUUGGAGGGAAGAAUUUGUCAAACUACUGUACAGCUACACUACAAAAUGACCCUGUAGUAUCCAACCCUCCUCUCAGUGACUACGUUUUUAAAACAACUGUUGAUACCAGAGUUCCCAAGCCUUUACAGUUCCACCCUGCUCUGACAUGUGUAACAUUCCAUUUACAUAGGAAGUGCAGACAGAACAGAUCAUUGCUGACGCCCUGAGGGACCCGAGAAAAGGCAGACAACGCUGCAAAAACCAGGGGAGGGAGGGGUUUCCAUCAGCUCAUCUACCAAUCAAAGCGACCAUCGACUACGUGAAGAGUAAGCCCAUAGAAGUAGCCAACAGUAAGCCACAGCUUACAGCUAGAUUAGAACUAGCCUACUGCAACCAAUAUUCAUAUACAGUACAAUGGUAAAACUCUGACACAUUUUUGACUGACUGACUCACUGAUGGAUUGACUGAUUGAUUUAUUUGCUGAUUAGUUGAUCAACUGAUUGACUGACUGAUGUAUUGUUAUUGUUCCAGAGGGGGAGCUGAGAGCAGCUAUGAUCCAUUGGAACGAGGCGCAGGGCCACCUGAAGAAGAUGCGUUACCAUGACGGCCGUCUCCUGGUGGACGAGUCAGGCCUGUACUACGUCUACGCCAAGACCUGUUUCCGCUACUACGACCUGGAACCUGAGACAGAGCCCCGCGACGCCCCUGGACAUGCCCUCACCACGCCCCAGACCGUGGACGUAAAAAACGCCCAGCUCAUCCAGUACAUCUCCCACGAGAAACACACGUCAUCGCCCAGCAAGUCUGUGGUGCUGAUGAAGACAGGCAGCACCAUGCGCUGGAAUAACUCUCAGUAUAACAUGUACUGUGCCCAGCAGGGCAGGGCGGUGAUACUACAGCACGGGGACGGACUGUUUGUUAACGUGUCCAACGCCUGGAUGCUGGACCCUGAACCGGAGGGGACGUACUUUGGGGCGAUUAAGAUGGGGAACUGAACCCACAUACAGAGGAGAAGGUGGAUGUGCUACUGGAUGUUCUGUAGACGUAACUGCCAAACAACCAGAGAUAGAGCACUUAUUGUAUGUAAGAUUACUGAAUUUGUGUUUGAUUUUGUUUUUUGAUUGAAAGGUAUGGGCUAUGUUGCUCUUCACCAGAUAGCGUUUCUUACCCGAAAGAGAAUGACAAUAAGCAGUUAUUUAGAUGAGGUGUUAUGGAUACCUCUGGUCACUCACUAGGCCUUCAGCAAACCACAUAAUAUGCUGUUCACACAUACUUUAGACAAGACUUAACCAUUUUCCUUAUGGUCCAAAACUGCACUGGAUGCUUUUUAGUAGACCUAUAACAUUUUAUACAGCUGAUAGUUAUCAACCACUUAAGAUUGUUGAUAUUUGUCAUUCCAGGGAGCAAUGUUUGUACAAUGUUUCUUUCAAGCAUAGCAUUAUGAAUCAUAUUUUCUGUUUGUCAGCUAACAACACAAAGUCAUUCCUCAUCCCUAGCCUGGCCCCUCAUAGUUUACUAAACAUUGUCAUCAUCUUGAACAGAAACACAGCUGGGGUACUUUGUUCAUAACUGAGUAGAGUUUUCACCAAUCAUGCUCCUCAGUCUCUCUUGGGAAAGGAUGAAGUGGAGGUUAGAGGGUGAAUAGGACAUUAUUCAGUAGUAAACACAGUACUACUGUCCGCUUACGCCCAUAGAGAGAGGCAACAUUUAACAUUACAUAAUGUGCUGUGUAAGAACAGUGAUAUACAACUGUUUUCCAAGACAAUACAGAAAAGUGGUAGACAAUGGCUCCACACCUGCAUUUACUUCAUGUAUCCAGGAGAGACUUGCUGUAAUCCCUCAUCCCAGUAACUGAGGGGAACAUGGUUGUGGUUUGGAUCAAAAGUUUAUAUUUUCUUAUUUUGAUUAGUUUUUCCCCAAACUACACAGUAUUGAACUGUCCUUGCCCUGUCUUUGGUGGUUUAUACGAGUAAUGAUAAUCAAAAACACACAAACAACUGAUGUAACGAUGCAAACUGAAGAUAGCUGGCCUGUCUUACCGUAGGGGACGAGAGCAGAGAUUCUCGUCUUUAUGAAACUAGCGGAUCCAAAUUGACUUUGGUCCACCUUUAAUUUAUAGUUUCUUUUUUUCAUUUUACUCUUCGAGGAGGUAAAUGGGAAUAUGCACUAAAUCUAUUUAUUUAUUAGACAUAACAAUGCAGAUAUGGACCAUUGGUUAAAUGAUCAGUCUGCUUUAAAAUCAUGUAUAUUUUAUGUCUGUAUUACAGUAGGCAGUACUUAGUUUAUCAGUAGAUGCGCUUUUUUUGUUCAAACACAGGGGCUCAAUGUUGAAUUAUGUAUUUAUGUAUUUUUUAUUCCGACAAUUCUGUGUGCACUUGCCUAGCCGAAGCAGAAUAUGCUGUCCACCAUAAGAUUGUAGCCACCUUAAAGUUUAAAAAAAUCUUCAUCUUGUACAUUCUUUUUUAAAUUGGAUGUUUAUUUAUGUCAGUUUAACAAAAAAAAUCAUAAAUGUUCUAUAUAGG